GACACACACUCUGAGGGCGCUGAGCAGGGAGUAUAAAAGGGGCAUCCUUCCCACUCAGCGCAGAAGUGCUCUCACUCUCACACACUCCUAUAAACGCGCUGAAGAUCUUUUCUCAAGAUGAAUGCUGGGCUGUGUGUGUGUGUCGUGCUGGCAGUCCUGUGUGCGAGCUGUUUGGGGCUCCCCUUCUCCUCCCAGCCAUUAGACGAGGGCCAGCGCCCCAUCUCUGCUCUCUCUGAAGCUGUCCUUGAGGCUGACACCCACACCUUGGGAGAUCUCCACCUCCGACACAGGCGCUCUGCCCCCCAGCUGAAAGCUCUUCCUCUGGCUGAGGAGGAUGCAGACUCCCGGGCCAAUCUCAGUGAGCUGCUCGCUAGACUCAUCUCCUCCAGGAAAGGUUCUGUGCGCAGAAACUCCACGGCAAACAGCAAAGGCGUCGGACCGAGUGCCAACCACCGGAUAGCAGACAGGGACUACUUAGGCUGGAUGGAUUUCGGCCGCCGCAGUGCAGAGGAGUAUGAGUACUCCUCAUAAGGGGAAGCCAUGGCUCACACGACCACCACCAUAUGGGCACAAGAUAAAAAGAAGAAAAAAAAACCCUGCGCAAGCUGUCUCACAAUAAGAGUCUAUUUAUGAUGUAUUUGUUGUACAUUUGUUUGUAAAACUGUAAUAAUGCAAUAUACAUACAGUAUGCCAAAUUUUGCAGAAAAGCUCUCACUGUCCAACUUUCUUCGUUUUUCUCUGGUUUCUUUAUCAUUCAAAGUGGAAAGGAGUCGGAUGGUGUCAGGGCUUGUGGAAAGUAACCAAAUAAAGAUUUAAACUAUC